AUGUUGCGACAAAACAAUAGUAAUGCAUCGACAUCAUCGCAAAGCACUGGUGGGGACAUUACAAAGAAUAAUCAUCAACAACGGGAGCAAGAAGAACACCAAAAGAAGAAGGGGUCUCGUGGCAUCAGUCCAUUUUCUCUAAGAUCUCGAGGUACUAGUCCCAGCGAUGGAAAACCACGAGGAAUCAGUCCAUUCGGAAAGAAGAAUCGAAAUCAGGUUGUCCGCAAACAGUCCUCAUCGGAUUCCUCCUCCUCCUUAGGUUCCUCCAGCCAUCAUCAUCAUCAUCAUCAUCAGGAAUCCAAAGAAGACAUUGUCGUGUGUCAUGGAAGUGCUCGUAGCAUUGUCUUUCGAGACCAACUUCGUUUGGCGGCCAAAAUUAUUCAGGAAGAAACUGAUCAAGACAUGUUGAUGAUGAGUGAUGAUGAUGAUGAUAAUGGCAGCAACCAUAGUGGAAACGAAGCUGAUGCUGGAUUUGAAAGCAUGCAGGCGGCAAUGCGAGAUAGCAUUCGAGUAUCCAUUCGGGAGAGUGAUGGCGGCAAUAAAGUGACGAAUGAAAUCAAUUCGUUGGCGCACAACAUGGUUCCCGAACUGAAGGAUGUGACCCUUCGGGUUCAGGAUGUCAGCGAGCGAAACGUUGAAAUUGAAGGACAACAAGUGCACUUGAAACCAUUGCCCAAGCUGGAAUUGGGCCCGACGCAAACAUUUGACGCAUUGGAAAAUGAUAAAACGACCGACAUGGACAAGUCGGAUUGGAACAUGGCGGAACAAGAUGUCUAUCAACUUUUGAAGAAACAGCAAGCUUGUGUCAAGACAAUCAAGAACUCGGAAUGGCCAUCCUUUUUGCAACGCUUUCAAGUUGCCAAAAACAAGGAACAGAAGUGUCGAUUUCCCACACAACAUGAGGACAUACCACCCAACCACCAAGAAGGGUAUCCAUUCAAUAGCUUUGUCACAUCGACAACCUUACUGCCCGAACUUGGCAAGAAAAUGCGAUGCUACGGAUCCCUUUAUUCGUAUCCAGUGGGUGUGGUCUUUGCCUUGCCAAACUCGGAUUCUCCAAACGAGGAAGACGAUGCUGCAGCACAAGCCAAGACAUGGUCCUGGCCAGCUGGGUAUGCGGCCAAGACAGAAUUUAACAUUGAGCGUGGAAAGCUCAUCAACGGGCGCCAGGAGGCAUUGGUCUCACUGACCCAACUGCGUCAAUACAACAAGGAAUAUGUCUACGAAAAGGAUCACUACAUUGGCGGUCGUCUUGUCAAGGGUGGCUUUCAAGUUGUUCCGUAUAAUGAAGUAUUUCUGAGAGUUGGUGGAAGAGGACGCAUCGUCCAAGGUAUGGAUACGGUAACACGAGAAGCAAGAAACGAUGUCAAGGGAACAGGUAGAUCCUUUGGUACCGGCAUGGGAUUACCAGUUGCGUUGUUCAUCCGAUCUUGUACGAUCGGGGAUAUUCUUACAUUGUUACGGACCAAGGCACGUGUGGAACAUGUGCUGGGGGAUCAAUACAUUCAUGGUAUUCCAUUGCUAGUCAUCACACCAGACUGUGGCGUUCGGGUCUUUUCGGAGCGUCUCCAGCAUGCAUUUUGGAAACUAGCUGCCCACAGGGUCAAUCCAUUUCAAAAUCCAAUAUUGGAGCCAAGUCUCAAGGUGGACGACCCAAAUCAAAAUUAUCUCCAUCAAAAGGCAUUGGAACAAAUCUCUUUUCUAGACGACGACUAUGAAGAUGAUGGUAAUGCAGAAUGGGUUUCAUCCUACUUGACUAUCGAAGAAUGUGCUCGACUGGCUGGAGGCUUUGGGGCUACGGACGAGUUUCUGGCGAAGCUCCUGGAAAAGGCAAGGGAGCAAGACCUAUUGGAAGAUAGCGAUGAAGAGAACCUAAAGAGCCCUCGCUCAUCGCAUCGUCGUCGCAAUCGUCAUGAUUCACUGAAUAACGUUAUGUCCACUGCGCUGAAUGCUGCUCUGCGGUCGAAUGACUACUACACUGCGCGGCAGCUAUUGAUUGUCUAUUCCAUUGUAUCGACUGGUCACUACCACGAUCGAUUCGAACACAACCACCAAGGAAGUAAGCAAAAGGGCCCAAACAAUGAGAUUAGUGAUCAGGGUGGAAAUGACACGGGUGCCGAAGAUCCGACAUCCCUCGAGUUUGCUUAUCGCGUUUCUGAGACCGCUACCAAUUCCGCUCUACCCGUGUCGAAGCAGCACGAAAAAGUGCCCGAUGAAGCGGCGGAACAAAAGGAGGAAAAAUCAUUCAGUCCUCAAUUUACUCCAGUACUACCAUCUUUGGAUACAUGGCGACUUCGCAACGCAACCAAUUCACAAGGUAUUCUAUUCGUUCUUGGAGCUGUCGAAAUACUGAGUGCCGCUCGUAGCGGAAGCGCGCAAAGCCGAGCAAAAGAAUCCAUUGUCGCGCUUGACGAGUGGGUUCAAUACGGCGAAGAAUCCGUAGCCUUUCGAAUAGCCUCUUGGAGCAAACAAAGGGCAACCGAACACGAUACCCACGUUGCACUGGAAGGUUCUUCACAGUUCAUGGCAUUCGUAAGCAACAAAGCGAUCACCAAUCGUAAAGGCUUUGCAAAAAAGCUUCAGUCAGCCUUGGAAGCUGAAAAAGGCGCGGAUGCCGUUGCAUCAUCGGAAGAGUCACAUUUGUGUUUCCUAAAGCGUAUCCAAGAGAUUGUGAACAGUCUUCAUGCUCCUUGUCUGCGAUUGGAAAUUUUGCAAUACAUCUUGGGGUUAGAUAACCGCUUUUCUGUGGAUCAUAUUCGGCAUUCGAUGGAGCUGGCAGUAACUUGCAUGGUUCUUGGUCUCUCCUAA